AUGGUCCCCGACGGGCGUGGCAGACUAUCUCAGCGACUUCCCCGCCAGCAGCAGCCCCAACCCACCCAGCACAAGAUCAACUACUCCCACAACCUGCAAUAUCUGGAAAUUGUGUCGCUGUCCGAUGGGACCACCGCCAACAACGGCACAGCCGUGGCCACCGCCAGACGGCUCGUCCCCGAGGUCCAGUCGCACCUGAAUCUCGCCGAGGAGGUGGCAAAUCACGAACGUCGCCAACGGAGGGACGAAUUCUUUGCCCAACUCCGCAAACAAGUGAGCCGCGAUCGGCGUAAAACGAUCCACCGGAUGGCCACCAGUCCGGUGUACGUAAAUGGGAACUUUGAGCGGCCCUGGCAGACGGUUUCGCGCGUGUCGGACCAGCUCAUUGAGGAACUGAUUGCGGACACCGCCCAGGAUGGGGCGCUGGACUUUGGCGAGCGGUCCUUUGUGGAGGAUUUUUUGCGGCUGCAACUUGGGGGGUGAUCGCAACGGUGACGGGGGAUGAGUAGAUUUUUGAAUGUUUAUUUUAGAAGUGAAUUUUUUCUUCUCUAGAUGGAAGUUGUUGAAUAAAUAUUUAAAAAAAUG